CUACUGCGCGCUCCGCUGUAUGCCACGUACAGGUUUACGUCGACAAGCGGGUGACUUCCUCAUGUGAGGCUAGGAUUCUGUGUUUGCCAGCCCUGGUUAAAGAUUUUGGCUGACAAGGUCCUGAGAGAAAUACCGACACAACAGUGGGAUUAAGUCGUCCAGUUACAGAGGUGGGAGCAGUAGACUGUACCAUGAACGGACAACUGGACCUGAGCGGCAAGCUGAUCAUCAAGGCCCAGCUGGGCGAUGACAUCAGACGCAUACCCAUCCACAAUGAGGACAUCACCUAUGACGAGCUGGUACUGAUGAUGCAGCGUGUCUUCAGGGGCAAGCUGCAGAGCAACGACGAGGUCACCAUCAAAUACAAGGACGAGGACGAUGACCUCAUUACUAUUUUUGACAGCUCGGACCUGUCUUUCGCCAUCCAGUGCAGUAGGAUCCUCAAACUCACUCUCUUCGUGAAUGGUCAGCCGAGACCUCUGGAGUCCUGUCAGGUAAAGUACCUGCGUAAGGAGCUCAUUGAGCUCAGGAACAAAAUCAACGGUCUCUUGGAAUGUCUGGAGCCCCCCUCAGAACCUGGCCUGGCUGCCUCCGCACCAGACAGGGACUCGGUGGAUGUAUGUGAGGGGAGGGUGGUGGCAGAGGUGAAGCAGGCCCCGGUCCCAGUCAGUGCGGCUAGCAUGUCGGCCUUUGACCCCCUGAAUAAGCAGGACGAAGUCAGCAAGAACGUCAUCUCCGCCUUUGGCCUGAGUGAGAACCAUGUCCCAGCCCCCCCGGGUGUUUCGUCUGUGGAGCGGUCAGAUACUCCAGACAGCAUUGCAGCAUCGUCGUCCGCCGCCCCCUACGCAGGGAUGCAGCAGGGACCCCCAGCAGCCCUCGACGGUCAGAUGUACCAGCAGUACCAGUCUCCAGGUGGAUUCCCUCCCCAGCAGCCUGCACCGCAGCAGCAGUAUGGCAUGCAGUACCCUGCAGGAUGCACCCCCCAGCACGGCACCCCCCAGCCUCAACAGCAGCAGUUCCAGAACUACCCUGCCCCCACCUCCCAGGCCCCCGCCCCCAGCCAGGGCCCAGCCCCCGGCUUUCAGGGAGGCCAACAGCAGGCCACUCCACCCCAGGGUCCCCAGCAGUACCCCCCAGGGGCCUUCCCUCCCCAAAACUACACCUCCCAGGCCAACCAGCCUGCCAACUACAGCCUACCCCCCACCUCCCAGUCUGGCCAGGGUUACCAGGCCCGUCCCAGCUACACUCCUCCCCCCGGUAGCAACGUUACCCCCCCUCCUGGGGCGUCCAACCCCUAUGCCCGCAACCGGCCCCCCUUCGGCUCGGGCUAUGCCCAGCCUGGCCCUGGGUACCGGUAAAAGAGAAGGAACGGAAAACGUUAUCCACACACACCCACCCCUCCCCAUUGUGUCCUGGCUGGCUCUGUUUGGCCUGGGUUCGGUAAACAUGGUCUGCUAAUCUGUCCAUCCGUCCUUCUGUCAGUCCUCAGUCACUGAUGAGUCCAUAUCCAAAACAAACUACAACCCCCCCCAUCUGAUUGUCUGUGUUCUGUCUCGACCCCACCACCACACAAACCCAUGUGUUAUUGUCUGUGUUCUGUCUCGAGCCCACCACCACACAAACCCAUGUGUUAUUGUCUGUGUUCUGUCUCGACCCCACCACCACACAAACCCAUGUGUUAUUGUCUGUGUUCUGUCUCGAGCCCACCACCACACAAACCCAUGUGUUAUUGUCUGUGUUCUGUCUCGAGCCCACCACCACACAAACCCAUGUGUUAUUGUCUGUGUUCUGUCUCGACCCCACCACCACACAAACCCAUGUGUCAUUGUCUGUGUUCUGUCUCGACCCCACCACCACACAAACCCAUGUGUCAUUGUCUGUGUUCUGUCUCGACCCCACCACCACACAAACCCAUGUGUCAUUGUCUGUGUUCUGUCUCGACCCCAUCACCACACAAACCCAUGUGUUAUUGUCUGUGUUCUGUCUCGACCCCAUCACCACACACACACACCCAUGUUUUAUGGCCCUGUUAUUUGAAAUGUAAUGUUCCCUACCCACACCCUAUGUGUCUGUCAUCAGGGUGGGCUCAAUUUGAAUUGAAGGCAGUCAAUUCAGGAAGUUAACUAAAAUGUACAAUUCAAUAAUUAAAAAAAGGGCAUUUUCAAUGACUUCUCAAUAAACUGAAAAGUCAAAGUUAUUUAUUUCAAAAUGUUUUUAAAUGUUUUAAUUUCUAGUUGUCAGUUGAAAUAGUGCUGAACCCUGGUGACCAUGUAGUCAGUCUGUAAGCUGGGAGAACAAAACAGGCUGAACUAUGAAGGCUGUCUUAUCGUCAUCUGAUGGCUGUAAAUGCACCUGUAUCCGCUGGUCAACAGAUGAUGUUGAUUCGUAUUGCAUUUAACUGAUCUUUUGAGGAUAGUUUGCUGAGUGUCAACAGAUGCUUCUAUGAAAAUGGUGUUCAUCCCCUUUUUUUUUUUUUAUACUUUUUUUACAACUCGUUUUCAUCAACGUUGGUAUUAUGUCGUGUCAUGGAAUCUGCCCCUCGCUUGAGUACAAUAUGGGAGGUGUAGUUUUGACCUUCCAGAAGGGUCCUACCAUGUUUAGCCUCUUAGAUCACCUCCUUAUGGUUUAUCACUCUCUCUUUCUCAUACAUUUUUUUCCUCAAUGGUUUGUAUUAAUAUAUCAGUCAGAUUUUCCACCUUGAAGUGUCAUUUAGUUUGUUUAAACUGUAACAUUUUCUCUAAAACCCAAUAAAGGUUUUGAAACCUU